GAUUCUACUCAGUUGACGAUGUGCCACGUCUUUGAAAGUGCAGCAUCCAAUGACCAAGGCAAACAGGUAGAAAUAACCAGGAUAUUGAAGCUUGCAGCGUACACGUACAAUAUAGCCCGUCCCAGACAUUAACCGGUCAACAGACUUGCAAGAUGGCAGGUUUUCGAUGCGUUUUGCCACUGAAGCUACUUGCAGUGGCAGUAGUGCUUUUAGCUGCCCAUCAGACCAGGGCACACUCCCAUUCCCAUGGUGACCAUGACCAUGGCCACGGCCACCAUGGGCAUGACCACGGCCACCAUCACCACGGGCAUGACCACGGGCAUGACCACGGCCACCAUCACCACGGCCAUGACCAUGGGCAUGAUCACGGCCAUGAUCACGAAGCGCCAAAGAUGUUCCACGGAGCUAGCAAGUGGAGUGCUGAGGCCAACCUCCCAACACCUGAAGAGGAGAUCAACGAUCACCAUGGACACGCACAUGAUCACCAUGGACACGCGCACGAUCAUCAUGGACACGCGCACGAUCACCACGGACAUGCGCACGACAACCACGUACCCUCCCACGACCACCAUCAACAUGCCCACGGUGAUGGUGCUGAGCGAGUGAAGCGGGAAGCUGAGGGAGAGAAACGUGACCUGGUGGAGCUGUGGAUGCAGGCAGUGGGCGCGACCCUGCUGAUCAGUGCGGCACCCUUCCUCAUCCUCUUCCUCAUCCCGGUCCAGUCCAACACAGACAAGCACCAGAACCUGCUGAAGGUGCUGCUCAGCUUUGCCUCUGGAGGGCUUCUGGGCGACGCCUUCCUCCACCUCAUCCCUCAUGCACUGGAGCCUCACUCUCACGGUGGAGACGAGGGACAUGGCCACGCACAUGCCAGCGAAGAGUCACAUGACCACGGCCACUCUCACGGUGCCAACCACGAUCACACUAUGUCUGUGGGCUUGUGGGUGCUGGCUGGAAUCAUGGCGUUCCUGAUGGUGGAGAAGUUUGUCCGUCUUAUGAAAGGAGGACAUUCCCACUCACACGCACACACCCACGGCGCUCCUAAAGCAAAGGACAGUGAUGGAGAGGAGGAGAAAGAAGAGGAGAAAGAAGAGGUGAAGGAAGAGAAAAAAGAACCCAAGACAGUGGAGGGGAAAGAUAUCAAAGUGUCUGCCUAUCUGAAUCUUGCUGCUGAUUUUACACACAACUUUACGGACGGUCUUGCCAUCGGCGCUUCCUUCCUGGUGGGGCCUGCCGUUGGCACGGUCACCACGAUCACCAUUUUGUUGCAUGAGGUGCCUCACGAGAUUGGUGAUUUUGCCAUCCUCAUCCAGUCUGGCUGCACUAAGAAGAAGGCCAUGUGUCUUCAGCUCCUGACAGCUGUUGGAGCGCUUGCUGGCACAUCUUGCUCCCUAUUGGCUGAGGGCGUGGGUGCCGCUGCAACAGCGUGGAUCCUCCCCUUCACUGCCGGAGGCUUUGUUUACAUCGCCACGGUAACGGUCCUGCCCGAGCUGCUGAAGGGCCGGUCCAGUUUUGGACAAAACGUGAUGGAGAUUAUGGCGAUGAUCUUGGGAGUGGGCAUGAUGGUGCUCAUCGCAGAGUACGAGUAACCGUGAAUGGGGUGGGACGGAGUGAGGGAUGACAAAGAGCGAGAGAAGGGGGGAGAGAGAGAGAGAGAGAGGGAGGUGGUUGGCGUAAGGGGGAUGGAGAACAGAGGACAGAAAGGAUGAUUAGGAUUCUAAGGACUUCCAGUGAAACAAGGGAGAAUAUCGCGUACAAAAUUGUUACUUUUGGAGGGAGCUGAGGCUUGCACAAAGGAGGGUGAAAAAGGUGAAAGGUCACUCUGUGACAGAUGUGGAUGAUGCCAGCAGGGGACUGCUGUGCAGGUGCAUAAUGAUGUCAUCGUUUCAAAGAGGGGAUACACCACAGGAGAGGCAUGGGUGGCAAAAAGAGGAGUAUAUGGGAUCGGUGUCUAGUCCUUCCAGCCCCAUGUAACGUCCAUUUUCAUUCCAGUGUCACAUGAAUGAGAUCUUACUUCGCUUACACUUCUCAUUCCACAACCUGCAUUUUACCCAUACACUGCACAGAAUCUACAGAUGUUGAAUCAACCACAUAAUCUGUAUUUGUGCUAUUUUUACUUUUACUGUUGAUUUUAUUUCGCAAGAUGUGUAAAUUGCGUUUAAGAAUUGUGAGAUUUUUGUUUUAUUUCUUUUUUUUUUUUAUUCAAAAUGGAACUAUUUUAUUUUAGAGUUUUUCAAAGGACAUACUUUGUCUGUGCUUGCUGUAUAUAAGUCACUUGUUCAUUCCUGUCCGGUCCUUGUGGUUUUACACCAUAUGCGAAUGUCAGCUUUGUUUUUAUCAAAGUGAAAUGUUUACAGUUAACGGACAAGACAAGAUGGGUGGCUGUUCAGAACCCUUACCAGAAUCACUGUGGGGAAGCCAUUGGAGAUAAAGGCAGAACUACAGCAGGUUUUAGUCAAUGCACGAUGCUUGUUUUGUUGUGUUUAAAUAUGCUAAAACCACUGUCAGUUUUGUUCUGAUAGUUUUCCUUUUAUGCAGAGCUUCUUGUGGAAGUAAAUCAGUAAUGAAUGUAGUCCACUGUCUGUCAAGUGAGCAUCUGUGCCAGCAGCAGCUUAGUUCAAGUUCUUCAUAGUAGUUUUAUUAAUACGAAACUGGAACAGCCGUCUGUUCGCUUCUUACUGAGUUGCAGCCUAGUGUUGAAUUCCUUUGAGUUACUUUUUCAUUUAUUUGUCUUCAAACGUUUCCAAGUUUGCCAGUUGGUUGGAUUCACAAAGGUGUUCUGUGUCUUCAAGACUGACAACAACUCCCUCUUCUGACACAUCUGUCUCCUGGCUUACACACAGAACCUUAAAGUGAUUUGCAUCCUUGUGAUGAUGGACCAAACUGAGAAGAGAGGAAACAUAUAGAGGAGAUGAAAUCAAAGUUGCUUUAUGUGGUUUGUUUUUCAUUAAAAAUUGUAAAUUAGUAAACACAA